AUGCGCGUCCGCGCCACCGAGGAGGGCAGCGAAGACCAGCUGGUCAUUGUCGACUUUUAUGCCCCCUGGUGUGGUGCGUGCAGGGCCCUGUUCCCCAAGAUGCACAAGCUGCUGCAGGAGUACCCGGACGUGGUGCUGGUGAAGGUCAACUUUGAGGCCAACCGCGCCAUGUGCAAGUCGCUUGGCAUCAAGGUGCUGCCCUUCUUCCACUUUUAUCACGGUGCCCAGGGCCGCGUCGCGGCGUUCAGCGCGACCGUCAGCAAGCUGCAGCGCCUCAAGGACGCCCUGGAGCUGCACUCUGGGGACAUCUGCAGCCUGGAGGAGCCGCCGGGGCUCUCAGAGUUCCCCGACACGCACGCAGAGCACCCAGGGGACGCGACGCUGCUGGGGCGCGACGGGUGGCAGGCUUCGGAACGUGUCGCGGAGGCGGCGGCGGCGUCGUGA